AUGGCUUCGAUCGGGAAGAUCAAUUUUUCCGGUGCCUCCUUCACGAAUGAGAACACGGUAGCCCUUGUGAACCUGAACGUCGACGUUUGCUUCUGGCGCUGUGACCCAUCGCCCGAGUUCGUCCCAGUCGGUUCGGCGUUGACCGUCAAGAGAAGGGUGGAAGCAGAGAGCGGAUCCAUCCACAAAACGGCCUGCAAACUCGGCUUUCUCUUCAAUGAGGUGAUUCCUGAUACGCCAAAUCUCAUCAAAGCAUACGGCAAGCGGGUGUCGGAGAUUCUCGCGCUCCCCAAAGUCAACCCUCAGGGCACGGAUGAAGACGGACCAUUCCGACCGUUCAUCGGCGCUGACUGCACUUCGAUUUGGGCUGCUGCCACAUCGGGAUCUCCAUCCAUUGGCGUUUUGCUCCUAGCAUGCAUGCUGGCCGAUGCUUGGGAUGCCAAAACCGCCAUCUCGAUCUGGGUGGAGCUUAUCGACGAGCGGAAGGAGCAAAUCCAGGCCCAGCAGAAAGACAAUAAGAUGCUGAGUCUGCAGACGCUGGCGGCGGCAAGGCAGGAAUUCGCCCGGGCAGAGCUGGCUUCCUGGGACGCGAGCGUGAGGUCCUGGAUCAGAAGGGCUGGUGAGUCGAUGGCGUCCAAACGGGUUCAGUUCGCCCUCAUAUCCAACAAUCUCACAAUCCCGUACCCCAGGGGCGGGUCGACCUACGGCACGGUCAUCUUGGCGUGGACGCGCGCGAUGGAAGUUCUCGAGAAACUUUUGUGCAACAUCCCUCAGCAGGCUUGCGAUCGAGCCGUCAUCCGGGGCAUUUCUGCUUGGCAUCUUUACCCGGAAAUGAUUGUUUUUCAGGAAAAGGCGACCAAGGUGUCUUUUCAAGACGGGCUGUUUCCCAGCUCGGGAGUACUCAGCCUGGGGUUGGAGUACAACGGCACGCCCUCCGACAAUUAUCUCCGAUGGUCACUGGCUCUGUCUCACUUGCGCUAUUAUGGCGCGCCAGUUGCUGUUCGGAGCGACGAGGAGAUGCAGAAUCGGAUAACUAUGCCCCAGCUGUGGCUUGUGACAAUCGGAGUCAUCUUCCGCGAGUGGAACGUACUGUAUGGACAGUUCGAGGUAAGCCUGCUUUGGUUCCAGGAACUGGGCAGAACGCUUAGCCGAGGCCUGGCUCAGCUGAGUCGGUUGAGGCCAAGAGACGGAAAAGAUGACCGGUUGUCCUGGCUUCUUCGUCUCUGUUCAGCUGUGACUGACAUCGGCGAGGGUGAGCAAAACCUCGUCAAGUACGGCUGGAGAAGGGGUGCGAACUUUCUCGGAAAAAGCGGACCUCAUGGAAGUGAUGAGAUUCAAUAUACGGCAGCAGCGCCAUAUUUUGGACUCAACAAUCCGCAUAUCAUGAGAGCUCUGAGCCAUUCUACGGAUAUCGAUUCCGCUAUUGACUACCUGCGCCACAUCAGCUCCCUUCUUCAGCUCGAAGGUGACGAGUCCAUCGUAGCAUAUUACCAUGGAACUCACAGAGAGUAUGCGACUACGAGCCCCAUUGAAGAACAUCUUGUCAAAUCCUACCCAUCAGUAGAGAAUUGUGGAUGGGUGGGCAAGCGCCAUGUCACAUGGCUGUUUGACAUCAGGCAGUCUGAUGACGCAGAUGUCGCCUCUCCUCAAAAGCAUUAUUUACAGGAACGACGCCAGUUCAUCGAAUCUAGGGGCGAGAUUUGCAGAAUCAUCGUUCAGGAAAAUGACACAAUCCUGUCGACAGCCAACACCGGAUCCAACAUUGAGAUAAAUCUUGACGCACUGUUCUCUGAACGUGCAGAGUUCCUCGGCUUAUACCCGUUGGGAUCUUCUGCCUAUCAUGAUUUUGGGCUUUGGGUGCGAGCUGAGAAGCAUGCAGCUUGCACCCAGGCUUUGGAGCGCGAGCUGCGCCGUCUUCAACUCAACCAAGUUGAAUCACUAGCAGAGAGCAUUUCAUGGCUCAAGAACAGCGUGUCUGCAGACAAGGUUUACAGGUAUCUAGUUACGUCUCUUGUGGAGUCGCCGGGGGACAUAAGCGCUCGUCUAUACGCUCGUCGCCACACCAAAGCUCGCAUCAGCAGCCAAAGCUUGAAGCGAAAACAACCUCAUUCGACUGGCUCGAUGGAUGAAAAAAUAGCAUGGACGCCGACAAACAAACGUGUGAUCGACUACGUGUUGCAGUCAGAACAUGGUGAUCUCAAUGCAUCCUACGAUCCGUCUGGGUGCUUCUCCGUGAUCACAGUUGCUUCUCGCGUCUCACCGUUAUGGACUCUUUCUCUGCAAAUCCUCGAGGUUGCGAGCCAUGUUUAUGAAGCUCUUCCCCGAGCUACUGUCUCCCUUCGAAUACUGGAACAAGAGUUGCUGAAGGCUCUUUGGCUGCCUCCGCGCAUGAAAGCCGCCCGCGACUCCGCGCAUGAUUCUUACAGGGCUAUGCGCCACCCCGCUUCUUACAUGGAUGAGAUGAAGCGCGCCAACAUGUUUGCUUGUGUGGCCAUGUUCGAGUCUGGCCGCUUCAAUAUUGAGCCCGGCCAGUUGGCCGAGGUGGUCGCUUUAUGCUCGGAGGAUUCUAUUUUCGUAUCAGAGAUACUCCUUUCGGAUCCCAGCGACGUGUCGCGGCAGCUCGGAAUCAGACACCUGGUGGGUAAUGUAGGCCAUGCGGGCAUGGUCUUCAUGGUAUCCCCGAGAGAACCUCGAAUACGGCCGCCAGGCUUUGACGCAUCCAAGGUGGCGCACCUUGAGUAUGAUGGCGUGGAGGUCAACACGUUUGAAGGAACGUCUCUGCACCUGUCUUUCACCACGUGGAAGAUUCCACUAGAUUGGGAGUGCACUGGAGAAAUCGACCAAGAAAUCUUCCUGCUCGAAUCGGUUGUUUCUGUCCAGCACCAGGGCGCGUGGGUCGCCGAUAUCGAUGUCCUGGGCAUCGAGACCGAUCGUCCGGACAUCAUCUCGUUUCCCUGCGAUUGCCCAAGGAAUUUCAAUGCGUCCUCCCGGAAUCAGAGUGCCGUAUCGAUCAAGUCCUGGGAUGAAUUCCUCGAUCCACCACCUUGCAUUGGUGUACUGCAGACGAAGCGCAAUUGGGUGGCUCGUCUGGCCGCAGUUUCCAUCUUGAUCCAACAGGGCAAUGGACACGCAGCACUGAUACUGGAUGACCCCUCGGACGGCCUCCUUGGCGAGCCUCUCACGGCUGAGUUUGAAACUGCCAGCGUUGACAUCCGCAACAAGGUUUAA